UUGUGUUCCGGGUCAUUAUUGAUAGAUGCUGUAGCUUUAAGUAUAGAAACGAAUCUAGUUAAAGCAGUAAAGACAAAAUACUUAACCUUGGAAGGGCAGUCUUAAGGAUGGCCUGCACGAUGGAGAAAGUUUUGGCAGAUGCUAAGUUACUAGUAGAGAGACUGAGGGACCACGACAGUGCAGCGGAGACUCUCAUCGAACAGACAACUUCUCUCAAUAAACGCGUGGAGGCCAUGAAGCAGUACCAAGAAGAGAUUCAGGAGCUGAACAAAGUCGCUCGACAUCGGCCCAGGUCCUCGCUUGUCAUGAGCAUUCAGCAGGAGAACCGGCAGAUACGGGAGCUGCAGCAGGAAAACAAAGAACUGCGGACCUCGCUGGAGGAGCACCAGUCUGCCCUGGAACUGAUUAUGACCAAAUACAGGGAACAGGUGUUCCGCCUGCUAAUGGCAAGCAAAAAGGAUGAUCCCAUCAUCAUCACUAAGUUGAAGGAGCAGCAUACAAAUGAGAUGCAGGCCCACAUAGAUAAGAUCAAUGAAAUGGCUACGGUGAUGAGGAAAGCCAUCGAGUUGGAUGAGGGGAGAGUGUGUGAAGAUGAAGAACGCAUCAAACAGCUAGAGCUGGAGAAUAGAGGACUUCGGGAGCUGUUGAAUAUUAGCCACGAGGCCUUCCUGGUUCUGAAGAAGGACGACACCUCAGAGAGCACCUCGCUGUCCGGUCUGGUGACCAGCGCAGACCUGAGCCUAAGGAAGAGCUAGAGCUGUUGUUGGUGCGGCAGGGCAAGGAGAUUUUCCUGCCAGACUGAGGACCAUAACAGGUUUCCCUGGGACCUCCGCUAUGAGUUCUGUGGCUGGCCACCAGCAUGAUCACAACUGAUGCUCUGGCAUGUUUGUGAUCUGUAUCCUCUAUCUUAAAAAUUGACUGGAAAAAGCACUAUGCAUGAACCUUACCUGUAUUGCCUACAGUGGUGGCAUGGACUUGCAUACCAGGGUAAUGAACAAAUAAUUGUAUUGUUUUUUUAUUGGAAUUGUUAGCAACAAUUUGUAAAGUCAUUAGAACAGUUUGCAUUGUAAUUACAGUAAGUUAAUUAUGUUUGGUGCUUUGGUUUGAUGUAUUUAUUUUUAUGAGAUAUUGCUAAACUGGUUGUCUGGUAUCUUAAUAAAGGUGGGACUAAACUGAACAGAAUUCCAAAUGUAAAUAAGUUAGUGAAAAGUGGAGGCAUAACCUUCUAAUAAUUUUUUUAAAGCUGUUGGGUGACUGUUUGAAUUUAUAACCUGCAUCAUAAAUAAAAAGGGAAGUACAUUUCCUAAGUUAUGAUUGGAAAUGAGCAAUUUUAUUAACUGAAAUCUAUGGAUGGAUGAAAUCCAAUAUUCUGGUUACUUAAAAUCAAAAUUGAAACGGGAAGGUUGUUAGUAAAUGCAAAAUAUAAUACAUUUUGUUCUAAAAUACUUUCCUGAGGACAGACUUAGAGCAUGUUCACAAGAUCAAAAAUAAAGCGAA